AUGACGUUGACGAAUGACUUCCAACCAUCAACAACGAAUGUUAAUGCGACAAUACUAUUGUUGUCCUCGAGCCAAUGGAAUCAGUACUCUGUCCCUCUCACUCGGUGCCUCAUCCGGAUAGUCGCUUCCUCUCACUCGGUGCCUCAUCCGGAUAGUCGCUCAACUUCUCUGUUCUCGGCUUCUCGCUAUCGCUCGUUGCUUGCUUCCUUCUCGCAUCUCGUUUGCUCGGUGUUGCUUCCCUUUAUCAGAUUGAUUAUAAUCGUCCGACAAAGCUCUGCUCGCGAUUCUCCUGUAGCUGUCGUUGGUUUUCUGAACUCGUGGGCCAGGUUGGUUUAUCUGUUGCUCACCGUCUUGCUCGUGCAAUGCUCAGUCACCAUAAUAUUGAUUCUAGACGUGAGUUCCAAAACUGACAAGUAUAGCUCAAGUGCUUGUAAGACAGUGAAGGUUACUCCGCCCAGCAAUUUUGCACGAAUUUUGGACAGGAUCAGAGAGUUCUGCACUGAAUAAGCACAUAAGGUCCACUGCUGACUCCCAGUGACACUCCAGGCAGAUUCAUGUGAGGGCAAUUUUAUAAUCAAGGAGCAAAGAUUUGGUCAACAAUUUUAGAGAAGUCAAGAGCACAUGUAAUCUGAUCCAUGGAAUUCAUAAGAUGACAUCAUUAUUGGAAACAAGGAAAUGCAUGUUGUGCGUGAAGUGGAAGCUGAACAUUAGGAUGACAUCAUGAUGAGGCAAGCCAAGAGCAUAAUAGGCGUGAAUUCACAUCUGGAUUCAUGAGAAGUUCACGUGGCAGCUGAAGCAACAUUCAAAUGAAGUCACAUAGUCCAUGCUUAGUCACAUUGUUCAUGCUCUCAUCUCCAGCUCAUUUUGGCGCCUCAUUUCCUCUAAUUUUUAGAAUUAAUUUUCAAUUUUAAUUCAUUAUUUCCAACUGGAAUAACUGAUUUAGUUUUUGGCCUUGGAAUCAUCACCAUUGGAUCAGAAUUAGUUACUCAUACUUAAGCCAAAUUUUCAGAGGGAGACUUCAUUCUACACAUCCAUCCUCUCUCUCUAGGUCUGAUUUCUCUCAUUUUCAGCCUCUACAAUUCACGCAAUUCCUCAAGUAUUGGGAGUUCCAGAUCUGGUUCUCCUCCAUUUCCAGCUCCAAGUUCGUUUUUCCAGCAUUAAUUCCCCAUCCAAUUUCAUUUUUCUUCCAUCCUUAAUCCAGAUUGUUCAUCAAGUGUUCAUUAUCAAUUCCAUCAUUCCAGAUUUGUUCCUUCAUUUCCUUCAUCAUUUUUUUUCUUCAAUUUUCGUUCAUGUUCUUCCUCUGUCCAGACUUGUUUCUUAUCUCUCCUCUUUGAUUCUUCCACCUUGUGUCAUUCUCUUCCCCAUUCUUUCAUCAAUUUCGUUUCUCAUUUUUCCAAUUCCAGCAUUAAUUUCGUCCAUAUUUAGUCACAUAUUUUCCAGAUUCAAGAUGUCUUCUCAAGUUCAAAGUCUGAUUGGUUUGAAGAUGAAGAACAUGAGAGGCUGAUUUUUCAUUGAGAUUCAAGGAAGAUGAACUUGUGAUUUUAGUAUUUCAGAAUUGCCUUCCUUAUUUGUAAUUUCAAUUGUGCAAUUUCUUCUAUUUUCUUUCAAGGAUUCGAAAUUAUUGUUCAGGUUGGAUUGUGAUUUUGAUUCCAAUUAUAUGUUAGAUUGAAGUUGUGGAUGUUGGAUUGAUAUUUGAUUUUGUAUUUUAGUUCUGGAAUGUGUGAAUUCAAUUGAGUGUUCUUGAA